AUGGAGCUGGUCUAUUCUAUUGAUUUUAAUAUUUCUUCUAAGAGAAAUGACUUUGUCGUGGACGAAAAGAUAUGUUGCAGUCUUUCGUGCAAGAAUAUUGUAGCUUUCAGUCGUGCAAGAAAAUCGGAUAAUGAAGAAGGGGACAAGCUGGACGUAUGUUUUGAAGUAUGUGUUGUGGACCUGGACAAGCCCUGGCAAGAGUAUGAAGUCACCACAUACACUUCGCCUGUGACCUAUAUGAGAUGGGACCCUGCGGGGACCACACUUCUUGUAGUGAAUGCUGCAGGCAGGUUCAGUCUCUGGAAGAUGAAGAAUUAUUUGCUGAAUGUUUGGGAAGAAGCUGGAACUGUGGAUUUAGACAAAGAAGAUGUUUUGGUUCUUGCUUGGCUGCACAGUGGAUCGCAGGCACUUUUUAACCCAGAGUCCAGGGACAGCCUGUACAAUGAGAAGUUCACCAGAACCAAGAUGUCACCUUCUGUCACACAAUUUGGAAAGAAGCCAGUUGAGGGGUGGAUCGCCGUCACGUCCACUGGAAUGAUUCACGUAGGUCUGAUGCCCGAUCAGACCUCAUCACUAAUCACAUCCAAGGUCUGUCUUGGGCAAACAAACACCCAUGUCGCUCAAGCUGACAUAGCUUUCAUGCCAGACGGUCAAAUCCUGAUAGCCACAAGUGAUGGUCAGCUUUCCUCAUCUGUCCAUUGCUUUACGGCUUCGCUUCCCGACAUUGGAACUCAAGAGGCUCGACUGACAAAGCUCAGUUUUCUCAGCCGUGAAAGUAGUGAAGUUCUUUUGGCUUGCUGGGGAACCUCAACCUUCAGCUGCAUCGAGGUGUGGCAUCUGAUGGAACAGUCAAUUCCUCUGCACAAAAUGUUUCAGAAUGCCUCCGUCACAGAAUAUGCUUACAAAACUAAGCACUGGAUGCAUAAAUCUUCAUGUACUCACAACUCAGGUCUGACCGGCAUAGCCAGGCCCAAGCUGCCGAUAAGCCGCUCCUUCAACAUGGAGUCCACCAAUUUCCUGUCGUAUUUCGCCUGCACGUAUCUGGAUGGCACUAUCAAAAUUAUCCACCGGCAGAGCUAUCAGGUAAUUUACAAGGCUUCCUUGGAUCAAUUGAUCAGCUUCAAAACUUUGCUGACCCCUGAACUUUCAUCAGGAGAGCCCCCAGAGAAGCGAUCCCGAUUGUCAGUUCCCCAUCUGGUAUCAUCUGUGCAGACCAAUACUGGCUGUGGCCUGGUGGGGCUGGGAGAAGGCCGUCUCUACCUCUUUCGUAUGUUCAACUCACGGGAAGGAUCUCUUCAAAUGUUGCCUGCCUUUGUGGUGCUGCUCCUGGAGUACACAAUGUUUGUGGGGCUGGAUGUUUGGGAUGUCUUGCUUGCUGUGAGGCAAGGAAUGAUCGAAGGCAUCGUAGACAAGUUGAGCUCAAAUUUCCAGAAACAGACGGGGGCAUUUCAAGAUCUUUUACAUCAGCGUCUCCUGCGUCUGAAGAUGGCACUGUAUUCUUGCCUGGGUUCAGGCAAUCAGAGGGCAGCAGACUGUAGGGCUUUGAUCACAUUACAUUCAAUAAGUGCUGUCAUUAAAUCCUGUCUGAGGCCCAAGACUGUCAUAGCACAGGAUAAGAGUCCUGCUGAAAAACUGACUAACCUCUGCAGCAUCAAUCCUGAGAUGGAACUGGACUUGAUUAGCAAAAGUCUAGAUCCUGAUGAUUUUGUUUUAGAUGCAUUCAAGAAAAGUGGAUCCAAACCUAAUUCGGAAAUUGUAUUGCAGUCAUUGCAGCCAUUCAUCCAGUGGGUCACGGACUUUGUCCUGCACCUGCUGGCAGCAGUGUCCAUGUACCCAAAUUACCCUGCAUACCCUGGUGCCUCUCUGAUCAAAGAUCCCCAGGUUCUCACCAUGAUUCGGGAGCUGCUGAUCAUCAUUCGCAUAUGGGGAAAGUAUAACCAUGCCUGCCUGCCAGUUUUUAUGACCACUGUUUCCAUCGACCCCUUACCGUAUCUCUUUCGACUGGUCACUAAAGCUUGGGUAACCACACGUGAUCAGGCAACCAUUGAAGCGGAUCAGACAUUCCUGGAUGAGUGUUGCAGUAUACCUAGCAAGAUGUUGCUACCCAACUACAAAAAGACGUAUGGUGAGGAAAUGAACUGCUACUUAGCCUUCUCUCAACCAUUUCCUAUAAACUACCAGUUUGGUGUGGAGCCGGACUUCCUCUUCAACCCCCGAUACUCGCAUCGGAUGUUUCCCUUCGACCUGUGCCUCCAUGCAGAACAGAAGUAUGAUUGUGUGAGGCAGACUCAGCUAGGGGUGUGCCCCAAGGAGCCGCUGCGGGAAUGUGUCCGGUGCUGUUCACUGUCGUUGCGGAGGAAGCCUUCAGCAACAAAGUCGCCUCUCUUGAGAGCUUGGGAGCUUCGUUUUGUGAAGUCUUGUUUGUGUGGUGGACACUGGAAGCUGCAGCAGCUGCCUCCACAGUUAACUUGGUAA